CACAGCCUCCCUCAUAUCUGCAAUUAUGUCUUGUUAUCAACUCCAUGGCUUGCAUUACCAAUUUCCCUUCUUCCUCGAUCCACCAUAAUGAGCUCUAUCGGGAGACUACGGCAGCUAUGGAAAGAUGUGGACGUAUCUGAUGCAUAUCCACAUCUUCGCAUCGAAAAGCGCGACUUCGACGAUAUCCCCAAAUUUGUUCUCAAGAUAGUGGAAGCCAGCCAUUUCAGCAAACGGAUUUGGUUCGUGUCUGCUUCAGGAUUUUUCACCGGGGCCUAUACCAUCUUCAGCACAAAUGUCAUCGCUCCAGCGUGGGCAUACGUCUAUUGGCCCACAGCGACUAGAGGUGAUCAAAGCCUCGGCAUCAACAUUGCAACCCUCGUCGGUACCUGCGCGGGUAUGAUUAUCUUCGGUUACCUUGCCGACUGUUUUGGGAGGAAAAAGCUGUAUGGAGUUGAGCUCGUCAUCGUCAUCGUCGCCACACUGGGUCUCACGCAAGCAUCUGAAGGGUACAACGACAGCUCGAUGAGCAUUUAUCCCUGGAUAGUCUUCUGGAGGACCCUGUUGGGGAUCGGAGUGGGUGCAGAAUAUCCUCUAUCAGCUCUCAUCGCCUCAGAAUGGUCCGCAACCAGCCAUCGAGGAAGAAUGUUGGUUGCUGUAUUUAUGACUCAGCCCCUAGCACAGCUGGCCGCGCAUGGUGUGGGUUUGCUUGCUUUAUGGAGUAUUAGUGCUCGUCACAAACCACCAUUACUCCAUGAUGGAACCGAUCACGAUGCAGCUUCUCGGGUCAUCGACCAAGUGUGGCGUCUUGUGGUCGGUCUCGGAGCGGUGCCCGCCCUACUUGCUAUUAUUGGACGAUUGACGAUACCUGAGACUCCUCGAUGGCUAUUAGAGAUCGAACAAAAUCCAUCGGCAGCAUUGCAAUCAACGAAUGAAGUAUACUCUGGAUCCAAACCAGGUUCGACAACUGAUGUGGAAUUGACCAUGUUCGCGGAAAGUUCCACCAAUACCACUAAAAUAGCACAGGAUGAUCAUCGGGCCCAAAAACCUGACGAUCCGUCAUCUCCCUUACGGGAAGAGAUUGAAGUCUCAAACAACAACGUACCCCAAUACACCGAAGAUAGGGAUUUUGCCGAGCCCUCGCAUAUUCCCACCUCUCGGAUACGCAAAGAUCGUAUCAAAACCACCGGCCAGUUUUCUGGAGACUCCGGAGAGGCGAACCGCCCCAAUCAUAAGGAAUCUUUCGUACAAUGGCUCCAGAGGUCAUCUUCCGACAUCAAAAGUUUCAUGCGUGGCCCUUCGGGCUCCAUACUCGUAGCUGUAUCGAUUUGUUGGUUUCUACUCGACAUUGCCUACUACGGCCUCGGGCUAGACAAUCCACAGCUUCUUGGAAACAUAUGGCGCCAGAAGAAACAAGAGAAGGAGGAGCCCUCGUCUCCCAACCCUCCAUUUGACUGGAACAGCAAUCUUCUCCCCUUACCCAAGGAGAGAAAUCAAGCCAUAUAUCAGGUUCUCGAGACGAAUUUCAGACAUGCUUUAUACACCACCGUCCCUGCUUCGAUAGUUGGGUGUUUUGUGAUAUUGCUAUUUGUUAACCGUGUCCCCCGUGUACGCUUUAUGGUGACUACAUUUGUCUUCCUGGCUGCAAUUUUUACCGUUGUUGGAAGCAGUCUCUUCAGGGUGUACGAGACAAAAGAUCAUGGGGUAACGAUAGUAUUCUAUGCCAUAUCGAUGUUCCUCAUCAAUGUCGGACCCAAUACCAUUACUUUCAUGUUACCUGCGGAGCUCUUCGAAACGCGAAACCGAGGUACUUGUUAUGGUAUUGCAGCAGCUAGUGGAAAGCUUGGAGCGAUUCUCGUGCAGAUCGCACUAUGGGGCUUAGGGGUAGGGGGGCCGAAGAAAGAACCUCUGGCUGGAGUGCUCUUCUUCUUUGCGCCAUUGAUGUUGAUUGGAGCAUUGGUGGCUUGGAUAUGGAUCCCAGAAGUUCAAGACCCUGUCGAUAAUUCCGCCGCAAGUAUCAAGCAGUUCUCCAGCUAUGAUAAUCGAUCGCUAGAAGAUAUAGCUGAUGGUCCAAAGAAAGGACAGAUCUUAGGGUUGAAGAAGAGAUUUGUGCACAUGCUAAAAUCUGCUGAAAAGUAA